AUUUCUUGAAAGCCCAACUGGAUGCUAUUCAAUUACUCACGGUGGGAUUCGUAAGAUGGCUGAUGAGGGUGGGAAAGAUGACUGCUUGCUGUCAAGUGGGAGACUAAUGAGUGAUUCUGGUGAUGAUCUAAUGUUGGGAGGAUCAAGUUGUAAUGGGGAUUUAAUGAACAAUAGUAGUAUUCUGGAAAGUGAACUUGAAUUAUUGCUGCUACAGAAAGAGCAGCAGAGGCAGCGAAAUCGCGGCUUAUUUGUUGGAAGUGCGAGGGAUUUUGACAUUCACAGGAGUGGUAGUGCUCCACCAAGUGUAGAAGGGGCCUUGAGUGCUGCUGGAAGUCUAUCCAGGAAUCCCAAUUUUGCAUCGCUUCAUAGUACUGCUUCUAAUACUGGUACUGAUAGAGUUUUGACAGAAGAAGAGAUUAGGUCUCACCCUGCAUAUUUAGCAUAUUAUUAUUCAAAUGAGAAUCUUAAUCCGAGGUUGCCUCCACCAUUGUUAUCGAAAGAAGAUUGGCGGAUUGCUCAGAGGGUUCAGGCAGCAGGGUCUUCAGUUGAUGGGACUGGGGACUUGAGGAACAACCUCUUGGUUGACGAUGGUGUCAGCUCAUUGUUGCUGUCAAUGCAGCCUAGGUUAGCUGUCAAGAAGGCGGAAGAGGAUUUGAUUGAAUUAAGAAAGGCUGCAGUGAGGAACCUUUCGCGGAAAAGCUCCACAGAAUAUCUGGAAGGGAGCUCUUCUAGUUCUGUUGGCCUAUCAAAAGCUGGAAUGGGUGCGAGAAGGAAGAGUUUUGCAGAUAUAGUUCAGGAAGGAUGUGGUCAACCUGCAACAUCCUCAGGUCGUCUUUCACGGUCUGCUAGCCGUAACUCAGUUGGUGAUAUCUUGGAUUCGAGAACUAUAUCUGAUACCUAUUCUGGAGUAUUGCAAAAUAGAGCAGAAUCUUUUGAUUCAAUGCAUCGUGGGCAACUUACUUCAGGCUUGUCCAGGGAUUUAGGCCACCCCAGUGCUUAUCCAUGUACAACAGGUGCAUCUUUGACAUCUCCUCCAGGGUUCCCUGCUGUGGGUAGCCGAGUCUCCCUUGAUGCCAAGAAAAACAUCAGGGAUCCAAAAUCACAGGACCUUUCAUCUCAUGACACUGAAAUUUAUCAUAUUUUAGCUUCUUUCCCAGGAUUAACUGUCAAUAAAGUCAGCGAGGAUGCUCCUUUAAGUUCUCCGACUCCAAAUUGUCAUCAGCUGAAUAUGCAGCAGCACUUCAUUGACAAGUCUAGAGCUGAAAAAUUGAUCCCCGCUACCAAUCAUAAUGAAUUUUCCAGGGGGAAGAUGGUAUCACAGCUAGAUUAUGGGAACUUUAAUUUAGACAGACAAGUAAAUCUUCCAAGAAGAGCCUCUUCUUUAGUCAACCUUCAGUCACUAGUAAAUUCUUCUGAGUUCACAAUGUUGGACAACCCUAAUCUCCAAUAUCCAGGUUCACAUUUGGGUAAUGUUACUCUGAAUGGACAAAGCUUGAGGAGGAGUGGUAAUUUGGGUCUCUCUAACAUUCAUUCCCCAGACAUACGUCAGGCUCAUUAUUCAGAGAAACAGUUGAACUAUGCUACACAUGCAGCGGCUAUGCCAAGAAAUCUGUCCCACACAAGAAAUUACACAAGCACUUCUCACCCUGAUUUGCACCAAUUAGAGAGAAUGUAUAUUGAAACAUUGCUUGCACAACAGAAUCAACAUUGUCAGUUGCCCCUCUUAUCUAAAUCUGGAAGUUUGAAUCUCCAGUACCACGGGAUCCCUACAUUUGGCCUACACAUGUCUCAUCAAGGAAACAGAAUGCCAAAUGCCGUUCAUCCUACAGUGGAAUCUGGAGGUCCUACUUUUCAAAAUGAGCAACGUUCACAGUUUACUAUUGCAUUGAAAAGUCAACUGGGGGGAGCUAGUGGGACUAGAAUAGAAGGGAAGACCAUAUCACCAUUGUUAGAAGAGCUCAAGAGCAACAAGGGCAGAUCUUUGGAACUUUCAGAUGUUCUUGAUCAUGUUGUUGAAUUCAGUAUGGAUCAGUAUGGGAGUCGGUUUAUUCAGCAGAAGCUGGAAACUGCCUCUACUGAGGAUAAGAUUACAAUAUUUCCAAAGAUCAUUCCUCAUGCUCGAAGUCUGAUGACUGAUGUCUUUGGUAAUUAUGUCAUACAGAAGUUCUUUGAGCAUGGCACAGAAACUCAAAGAAAAGAGUUGGCUGAUCAACUUGUUGGUCAUGUUUUAGGCCUCAGUCUUCAAAUGUACGGUUGCAGAGUAAUUCAGAAGGCCUUGGAAGUGGUUGAUGUGGAGCAGCAGACACGAAUGGUGACAGAGCUUAAUGGUUCUGUUAUGAAAUGUGUCCGUGACCAGAAUGGUAAUCAUGUAAUCCAGAAAUGUAUUGAGUGUGUCCCACAAGAUCGGAUCCAAUUUAUUAUCUCAUCCUUUUUUGGACAAGUUGUUGCCUUGUCUACCCAUCCUUAUGGUUGCCGUGUCAUUCAGAGGGUCCUGGAACACUGCAAUGAUCCAAAUACUCAACAUUUCAUCAUGGAUGAAAUAAUGAACUCUAUAUGUACAUUAGCGCAAGACCAAUAUGGAAAUUAUGUCAUCCAGCACGUCUUGCAACAUGGGAAUCCCCGCGAACGGUCUGAAGUCAUUAGCAAGCUCGCUGGACAAAUUGUGAAGAUGAGUCAGCAGAAAUUUGCUUCCAAUGUCAUUGAGAAGUGCUUAACUUUUGGUGGUCCACAAGAGCGUAAAGUUCUGAUAGAUGAGAUGCUUGGUUCCACCGAUGAAAAUGAACCGCUACAGGCUAUGAUGAAAGAUCCCUUUGGAAACUAUGUUGUCCAGAAGGUCCUCGAGACUUGUGAUGAUCAAAGCCGCGGGCUAAUUGUCUCUCGUAUUAAGGUGCACUUGACUGCGUUAAAGAAAUACACUUACGGGAAGCAUAUUGUUUCUCGUGUUGAGAAGCUCAUAGCAACUGGAGAGAAGCAUAUGGCAGUAUCCUCUUCUUGAAUUGAAUGACAGAGAACCCCAUAUAACAAGAUGGGAUGGUGGCUCAGCCGCAGCGCCUUUUAGUUGAUUGGAACCUCUGCUACUUGUAGUUGUAGAUAGACUACACACUUCUUUUUUGCUUCCGUUGGAAUAAGACUUUCAUUUUGUCUUUUCCAUCUGUAUGUAGCCCUCUUAUAAAGUUUAUGCAUAGUUUUUAGAAAGUCAAGAAGGUGUAGUGAGAGGAAGAAUUUGUAUCGACUCUUUUCCUCAACGAGCAUAUGUAAGUAACUGGGCAAUUAUUUGUAGAGAG